AUGCUCUCCCUACCCUGGCCGUUCUGGACUCCGGCCGUGUCGUCAGACUGCAGGUGUGCAGUCAACCGCGGACAUGACUCGCAAUGUCCGUUAUAUAGGGCAGAGGAGCGCGAAGCUGAAGAUGCGGUCGCGAGACUACUUGCACACUAUGCCAUACCCUCGGGCGCUUGCCCCCCAUCCGCACGCGUGGACCCCGCGCUGACAGCCAAGGCAGGGAGAGGGAGACUCAGCGUAUCGGAUUUGUGGUACUUUGGCACUUUUCUUGCAACAAAAGCCACCGACCUUGCGAUCGACUUUGCUUUACAUCACACCCGGGGCCCUCGUAAAAAAUCAUGGGGGAUAGAAAUGACCUUAAUCUCGAGUUUUAUGCGCGGCGUUGCUCGACACACGCGACUUGCUGAUAUUACGAUGCUCAGGCUGUUCAUGCAAAUCGGAAGUCUAGUCCCUCCCCCUCCAGAUGCGCUGGUUACCCCUGUCUCCUUCCGGGUCAGGUCGCGUGAGCUACGUGGACUGCUUGCUCAGUUUGACGAACUCGAAUAUGGCGGUGCACAGCGACCCAAAGAUGGACGCGAGGACUCAGAGCCGAGAGUGCUUUCGGGAGAAUGGGUAGUGGGAAAGGAGCUUUGGACCCGCCUCAACAAACAGUGGCUACAAGAGAAGAAGCAUCAUGGUGUUGGACAUCGGGUUCCAGAACGGGUCAUCCUCUACCUGCAUGGAGGGGCAUACUACGUGUUCGAUGCAGCAACGCACCGUCUCAUCACUGUACCAUUAUCUAAAUAUGCCGAUGCACGGGUUUUUGCGGUCAACUACCGGCUUGCUCCAGAGACUCGCUUCCCUGGCGCUCUACAUGAUGCUGUCCAUGCCUAUCGACGCCUCACAGACGAACUUCAUGUCCCACCAUCACGAAUCCUUAUCGCAGGCGACUCGGCAGGCGGAGGUCUCACCCUCGCCCUACUCAUGUAUCUGCGUGACGAGGGUUACGAGCUACCCAGCGGAGCAAUCCUAUUCAGUCCCUGGGUCGAUCUUACAAUGUCGUGUGAUUCUUGGGACUCAAACGCGGAUGUCGAUGUUGUUCCUCGUCCUGACGCUGAUGACCCACUCAACCCCGUUGCAUGCUAUUUGGGAUGGGGAGAGAGUAUGAAGAAGUAUAUCACGCACCCAUAUGCAAGCCCAUUGUUCGGUGACUUCAAAGGCUUGCCGCCUCUACUUGUCCAGUCUGGUGACUCGGAAGUUCUGAGAGACGAAAUCACACUAUUGGCUCACAAAGCAACUCUUGCUGGCGUGGAUGUUCGACAUGAGUUAUUCGAGGAUGCCGUACACGUAUUCCAAAUGUUCCCCUUCCUUCCAACAACUCGCCGGGCGUUCAGAAAUGUGCGCUCGUUCGUCAGUCAACUCGAUGCAAAUAUGUCGACUGCACAGCCCGCACAAUCGGCAGCCGACACCGACUUCAAUCCUGGUUCGCCUGAUCUUGGACUAGGUUCGGAUGCCGAACGUGAUUUACGCAACGAAAUGAAUGCCAAUGCCGAAAGCUCCCACGUUGUGCGUACUGACGGACAAGAAGUGGCCACUGGGCGCAUGGCAGGGCUUAAACUCGCGGACGAGGAUGAACAGCAUAUUGGGUCGGAGCAAUCUACACCCGGUAACGGAUUAGGACUUGACCUAGGCGCCCCAACCGACACGGCUUCUACUGUACAAUCACACCCGUAUACCGGCGGACACACCCCCAGACGACAUCACCGUGGUUCCACAAGUUCCCUCGUCCGAAUGACCCCGCUCUCGGCCUCUGCUUCUGCCACGACUUCCCCAGGCUCUGUUGCACGUUCACUGUCCUCUUCUUGGAUGCAUAUUGGUUCCUCCCCUUCUGUACCCCAAACGCCUCGAGCCACCUCGCCCGUUCCCCCACCCUCGAUCCGUCUUCGAAACCGCGCGUUGAGCCAUCCGGAUGUUGUCGACUUGGUCGCGAGCUUUGCUGCUCGACCAGGAAUGGCGAGGACGACUACAUUUAGUGCCUGUGGGGAUGAAGAUGAUGAUUAA